ACAAUUUUUGCCUUUGGAUCUCAACGCAGAAAUCCUACCAACGUACUCUGUGAAACUGAGCAGUUGGCGCCCAACAAGUAUUUUUUCAGAAACUUUGAAUUAAAAUUAAUUAACUAAAUAAUUUUAAAGGAACAAUUAUGGAACUUUUGUAUGAAGUUGAGCCAGAUUUGGACGGAGCUGAGGAUUAUGUUGUGAGCACGAAAAGAAUGAAACUGACUCCCGAACGAAGGCCCACGAUUGCAAUAUCGGUCCAUAAUCUGCUCGCCUUUUCCUCAAAUGUGGACCUGAGUCAGUGUCAAAGUUCCAGUUCCAGUCCGAUGAAAGACGGAGGUCCUCCGGAAGUUGGAAAACGGUCGACCUACACGGCCAGUGCGUCGUCAAAUAUUUCCGAUGACGUCGGAAUUGCGGGGUGUCAUUUGUACGUGACGGAUCUUAAUACGCCGUGGGAAAUAUUUUUGAUUAAGAACAGCUCUGCCCAAAUCCGGUAUUUACAAUGGGACCAUGCCGGCACAAAGUUAUGCGUGGGGACGGACGAUGGCCGGGUCGAAAUUUAUGUCAUGGUUGAUAAUCUACUUAAUAAGUGGGGAGUCAGCUAUGAAGCUGCACUCCCUGGAGAGCCAAUCCUUAUCGCGGAGUGGCUCAAUGCGCCAAGAAAGGUCACCGUAAAUCCCGAGAAGAUGGACAGCAUGGUGUACAGCGAGAAAUAUCUGACCAGCGUUCCCUUCAGUUCGAGAGGAUUUGGAGGAAAAGCACUCGACGGUCUCGUCGUCGUUACAGCUACCGGCCUGUUGGGCGCUGUUGUUCAGAGCAAUUCGGAAGAAACUGGAGGAAAACCUAUUGUCGCGUCAGAGAAAAUGUUCGCCAUGCGGAAUCAUAUUGUUCACGCGGAUCUUGCUUAUUCCACGGACGGUGACAUUCUGGUGGUGACAAGCACGGAAAAUAUGAAGCAACCCGUCCUAGUGAACAAGAUAAACGUGUCGUUGUCCCAUUCUCGCGAUAAGGUGGAAAUAAAAGCGGUUCCUUGUCAGUCGUUAUUCUUGCAGUCAAUGUUGGACCAUUCGAUCUCAUCUGUUAAAUUCAUCAAUAAAUGUGACACGGAUCAUCUCCUUAUUUCUCUCACGAAUCGACUCACCGGCUCCAGUAUGCUAUAUAUUUAUGAACUCGUCGCCCACACGGUGACUUUGAAGUCGAAAUUUAACCAAAGCAGUGCAGCGAUCAGUACUGGUUCGGACGUGGUCAAUACAUUCAGAUGGCAACAAACCAGCCACAUUCAAUUUGGUAGCUCGAUCUCCUCAAUUUGCUCCCUACCAUCGCCACUCAUUCCAAACAUCAAUUCCUCCAUUUCCCCCACCACCACGACCACUUCUUCUUCUUCUGGGUCAUCGUCAUCCAUGCAGAACCAGAAUCAGCAGACUGCAACGGUUCUUACUCCCAUAAUUGCGACCGCUCUUUCCAAUGGAUGCAUCGUCCUCAGUCGAUGCGACAAUUUGCAACAGAUUUGUUCCUACUCGACCACAUCAUCCACUCCAAGUUCUGGUCAUCCGUUUGCAAUCGGUGGCGUGAAACUGGAACGGGACCAUAAUACCGACUGGAAUAGUAGUCCUACUAAAAAGAAGGAAUGUUCAUCCCCCUCGAAAAUAAAUUCGGGUAGCAGCAGCCCCGGCACAGAGAAUCCCGUCUCCAUCUCGUUCACCUGGAGUGGAUCAAUCCUUGUCAGCCUGACGGAAAACUCGCAUCUGAAAACGUACAAAGUGCACGCCAACCUUGACGCGAGCACGGCCGCGUUGCUCAUGGAAUUGAGCAUGAUGGGUGGGUUGGACCCGUGGGACGUGAUGAUGUGCAUACGGACGAACCUGAUCGACAACAUAACGGAUCGGCUCAGCGAAACUUUUGCGAGACAGCCGCCCCCAGUGCAGACACAUUACAAUGGAAGGAUGCUCGUUAUCAAGGCUGGGCUUUAUAGAAUUGGAUCUAGUGGGACAGCGAGGAUUAACGAUCAGCAAACUUUGCUCGUAUUGUAUCUGGUUUCGGGCGCGUUGAAAGCACUCCUUCGACCGGCGGAGUUAUCAUCGAGGGAGAAAGGACCGGCCGAAUCGUUAGCGAGUUUGCUAAGCUCAUCCGGGGAGCACGAUCUGACCAAGGUUCUCGUCCAAAUGGCCGCCACGGAGUAUGCCGUUGAAGCCAACACGCUCCAAUCGCUGCAACAAAUUUUACAAUGGUGUGCCGACCUGGCGUUAAAGUUGUUGUCGACGCUACCCGACCUGCGUCACUCUCGAGCCCCGGGUUGGGAAGUUUGCCGAGAUUCCAAAGCCGUCGGUACUUUGAGAGAGCUAAUCGUCCUCAUGCGAAUCUGGGGGUUGCAGCGCCCCUCGUGUUUGCCCGCUUUUCGAAAAACUUCCGAAAAUCUGGACGUGCUUCCGCUCCUUUUUCGACUUCUGACGAGGCUCUCCGUCGCCCCGCAUGAUCCUGACGAAGCCUUGAUCGAUGAAUGUUGCCUUCUUCCGAGCGAAGUUCAGAUCCCGAACCAUACGGCGUACUGUCCCACGAAAAGUUUGGGAAUGUCUUCGAGCAUCCUGUUCUCGAAGGGAAGUCCGCAUCAGUUUCAGUUUGGCGUGCUCCCUCUGAAGUGGUGGGUGGGCGUGGAGGCGAAUGGAAACUGGAUGGAUGGACUCCGACUCUUAUGGCUGGGACGAAAUCCGGCCGGAGUUAAGAUUUGUAAUAGAUGCGGCUGUACAACCCUGCUCAGCCUGCCGCCACGUUCCACGGCAAAUAAGGCGUGGGAUCAACGCUGGCAAAAAUGCUGUCCUUGUGGCGGACGUUGGAAAGUGCCUGCCUUUCUUCCCCAACCGAAAGCAGCAGAUGCAGAUUUUCUGAACCAUCUCUAACCCACGAGGACUUUAUGAAACAAAAUGACAUUUUUCUAUCCGGAGAAAGUUUAAAAAUCAAUAUUUUACGAUAACAUUACUUAUAUCAUGCAUAAUUUAUAUUUAAAUUAGUUCCAUUAGAAUGUAGUUAGUUACGCACGUACUCGACUUUUUUUGUGGCAUGUUGACAUUUCUCUGAAGAAUUUGUACGCUUCUUUUCCCAUCCACCUUUUUCAUGGGUUUUUUUUUGUCUCUUUCUUCAUGAUUAUGACUACGUAGAUUGUACGGAAAAUGGCAUAUUUCUUGAAUAUGUUCCUACCCUGGAAAUGUUACAUAUUGCGUAUUUACAUAUUAAGUUGGUGCCCUUCUCUUUUUAGCCCCGAGUCAGGGCUUAUGUACGGGUCAUGAUUGUAUGUCUGUCUGUGUGUCGAUUAUGCCCGUAAAACUUAUCCAAUUGAUUUACAAUUUUGAACAUAUGUAGAACGUGCAAAAUUUCGAAUCAAAUUCGAAGAUGAAAAGCAAAAUGUGUCGAAAAAUAAAUAAAAAACUUGUAGUCGUAUUAUGCCACCUCAAUUCUUAGAAACUCCCUGACUCGGGCUGCACUUUGGUUUUUUUUUGUAGUAAAACACUUCCGGGAAAGGAAGUAAAAAAUGACAAAAAGAGUCGAGACAUUUAGGUUAUUCGAAUAGUUAAUCUUUUUACGUUUAAAUUUAAAUUGUUUUUGUGAAUGUAAUGACAAAAUAAAAGGUGAAACGGAA